UUUAUUUAUUAAUUUGAUCAAUUGAUUAAAACAUAAUCUAAAAUAGCUAAAAAUAAAAAAAAAAAUUAAAUAAAUAAUAUAAUUACUAUAUCUAUAUUGUUAUCCAAAAAUUCUAUUUUUCAAUCAUAAAAAGCUAAAAAUUAAGAAAUAGAACAAAGUAUUAAUAAAUAUUAAUCAAGUCGUUGAUACCCUUAAUCAAAUUAUUGAUACUUUUAAUGAACAUAAUUUUGUUAUAUGAUUAACAAAUUUGUAUUAUCAAUUUAUACUUAUUUAUUAUAUUAGCUAAUUUUGCUAUAAAUUAAUGUAACAAAAGAUUAGAUAAAAAUAAAAAAAGAUAAUUCCUAUAUAAUUUGUUGUUAUCUGAAAGUCAUAUUUUAAUCUUAAAAGUUACAAAUUAAGAAAAAGAACAAUGGAUAAUUAAAUACUAAUUAAUCAAAAAGCGAAUUUUAAAAUAUUUUAUAAUAAGUGAGUGUUUUUUUAAAAAAAAAUUAAGAAAAUAAUAAUAGAUAUAUUUUGAUAAAAAGUUAUAAUAUAUAAUAGUUUAAUACUGAUUUUGAAUUAAUAAUACAUGUAAAUAAGUAAUUAUAAAAAAAAAAAUGUCAUGUUUAAAAAAAAAAGAAGGAAAAUUUGCCCCUAUAAUCAUACAAAAAAACAGAAAUACACUAUCUAACCAAAAACAUCCUCUCUCUCCUCAUUUUUCUUUCUAUCUCUCUCUAAAUUCUCACUACAUAUCUAAUUAUUUCUUUUUUCGGUGAUUUGGCAAAUAGCCAUUUUAUAGGAUAGUCAUUUUUAAGUUUUUAUCACAAAAUAGCCAUCAAUAAAGAAAAUGAUCAAAAUAAGUUUUAUUAAAGAAUAAAAAUGUAUUUUUACCCUAGAGUUAACUAAUGUAGACUUAGGGUUUAGAAUUAAGGGAUGAAGUUUUGGGGAUAUGUUUUAAAUUUAAAAAAAAAAAAUAUUUUGGUCAUUUUCUUUUUCUGAUAAAAGUUUUUUAAAAAUAUAUAUCCGAGAAAAUCGCCAAAAAAAAAUAUAUGUAUGUCCGCACGAUCCGAAUUUAAUUUCCAACUAAAUGGAGUCACCUGAAAGCACCCCCAUUAGUGAACCCCAUGAAAAGGGUUCACAAGGUAUUUUUUUAUUAUAUCUUUUUUCUGUUUGUUUUUUAUUUUUUAAAAAAAAAAAAAAAAUUAAUCCGACCAAUCGCGGACCGCCACGUGCCAUGGGGUCCACGCUACAGUGGUGAAUCCGGUUCACUAGAAAGAGGUAGAAAGAGACAAAUUCAUCACUAUUCAUUAUUUAAAAUUUUUUUUUUUUUUGUAAUCUGGGUGAACCCCCGCAUUGAAAUCAUAAAUUAAUAAUAAAUAAUAGUGUAAUGUUGAGUUUGACGACAACAUCUGAAGCCUCUCUCCCUCUCUCGGAUUGCCGAUUCUCGUUUCUUUUCCUGCAUUCGAAAUUAAGUCAAAGGGAGGGAGCACACCGGUGAAGUGAUCUUCCCGGUUGUUUUCAGCCGGGAUAGCUUUCAAGCUCUUCAAAGGAGAGAUACUCUAGGGUGUGGUGCUGAGGUGUGGUCCGGUUGAGAACGUUUACAUCCACUGCCUAAAGAUGCCUGAUUACAAGUUCAUCCCUGGAGAGAAUCCGAUCUUCAUGAAUGAGAAUAUGUCAAGGAUUCAGGUUGAGACUAGGGUUAGAUUUGUGGUGAUCGAGGCGAGGUGGAUGGAGGUGGAGAAGGAGUUUCAGGCGUUGGCUAGACUUGAAGGAGACAAUCUUGGACCAAUCUCUGAAGAGUGAUCUGCUUUGUUUCUUCAUGUGAUGUUGUUUUUGGGCAAUAUCUUUUUGUUGAUAACUCAGGUCUUUAGUUUAUGUUUUGGUAAACUCUUUAGUUGUGUAAAUAAUUAAUGAACCAGAGCAUCAUCGACACUUUAACCAGUGCUAGACAUUUCCGCUAUGAGCCUGAGACAAAGUAACAGAGAAUUGUUGACACUUUAACCAGUCUGAGCUCAAGACAAAGGAAGAUCAUCUAGAAGCUUGGCUCCAUGAAGUUGACGUGUUAGUCACCGCUGUUGAAUGAUUUAAGAUGCAAAAAGUGCCUGCAACAUAGUCUUUUGUUCCUUUUGCUCUUCAGUUUUUCUUUACACCAUAUUGUUGAGAAUUUUGCUUAUUCCCAUUAGACUCUCCCUGUAGUAGACUGUAGACACUAAACGUACAAACGUUCAUGACGACAACAAGAGGCGAAAUCUGCCAAACACAAAGUUCUUCAACUUACUAGCAUAUUAAAGUCAGAUAAAUUUAUCAAUAUACAAUAAUACUAAAAAUGUUGUAGAGAACAAAAAAAAAUCCAUUAUAUUUAAAGUGAAAGCAAUAAUUAAGUAAGGAUGUAUUCAAUUUUUAGAAUACUUUAGCUCUUGUGGGCAUAUAUAAAAUGUAUUUACUGUGAACACAAAAGAAUUAAAGAUUACUAGAUUUUGAGUAAAAUAAGAUAAGUUUAGGAGAAAUUGCUGAAAUAUAUUAAGAAAAAUAUCACUUUUUUAAAACAAUACAUUAAUUUUAGUUAUUAUUGAGUUUAUAAACUUAUAUAAAUAAUUCUUAAACAUUAUAAAUAGUUUAGGAGGAUUAGUUUUAUCUUUUUCAUAAUAAAUUUUAUUUAUGAAAUAGUUAUUAUUUAAAAGGAAAUUUAAAAAAUGGUAUCAAAUUCGAAGUGAAAUUAUAAUUUCCCCAAGUUCGAAACAGUUUUAAAUGAAAAGUUUACAUUUCAUAUGGUCUCAUAAUGCGGUGUAGCCGUGUAGGGUCCCAAGUCCUCCUUACAAACUAACGCCAACUAAUAAGCCAUUUGAUUAAUUUAAUAAUAUCCCAAACACUACAAACUGGUUCCCGGAACCUUCUCCUACCGCCAGAAGCCCUUAUUGCUGUCAGGUUGGUUUCAAUUUGGUUGAUUUUCUCAGAGAUUUGAUAUAUUGAAAAGUGAACACAGGAGAUUACAUGGGAAACAACAACGCAACCAGCAAUUUAACAGGUAAAACAGACAACGCAUCUCCUUUUUUAGAUUAAUAUGUUUCUGACUGAAUAUUUUUUGUCUGUGUAUUUGCAGAAGAGUGCUCAAAGCUAGCAGCCAAUGGGAUGUCUACGUUGGAGUCUAUUCCCCUAAAAACCACUCAAGAUAACAGGUCUGAGGUUCUGCUUGUUUCUUGCCUGAAAAUCAACGAAGUGCAAGAAGCUACUGAAGAAAUAACUGAAAGCAGCAAAGAAGCUAGAAUUGAGAUGCGAUCUCCCAGCUUUAGUAAUGACCUAAAAGUCGAAGAAAGAAGAGAUAAAUCAAAGGAGAAAACUCAAUUACUAUCUAAAGACAAGACUGAGACAGACAAGGCAACACCCGAUCUGGAAGAGGAAACUGUGAUGCUAAAGAGAAGUGAGACUGAGAAAAGAAGAGGCUUUGAGCUGUCUCUAGGGCUGUCUAUGAAACCCACUCGAAGAUCUGACGCAGUUGAUAACUUCAAAGAAACCAAGGGCUCAGGACAUAACUUGGUGAACAAGAAAGCUAACACGCCUGAGACUCUGCUUAUUUCUUCUGUGGGAAGCAGCAAAGCACAAGAAACUACUGAAGUGAUAACUGAAAGCAACAAAGAAGCUCUGAUUCAGAUGCGAUGUCCUAGCUUUGGAAAUGAUCUGAGAACCAAAGAAAGAAGCAACGAAUCAACGGAGCAAAUUCUGUUACUCUGCCAAGACAAGAUAGAGACAUAUGAGGCAACGAUCAAUGUGGAAAAGAAAACUGUGAUGCUGAAGAGAAGUGAGUCUGAAAAAACAAGAGGCUUUGAGUUGUCUCUAGGGUUGUCAAUGAAAACCGGUGAUAGAUCCGAAGCAGCUAAUAGCCUAAACCUCAAGGAAACCAAAGACAACUUGCUGAAAAAGAAAGCUUCUAUGAAAGGCAGAGUCAGAAAACGAAGCAAAUCUUCGCUCUUUGGAAGUUGCCUCUGCUGUGUCACUGCCAUGAAAUGAACAGAUUUGCAAGGGAAAUUGUGGAUGAGUUUUCUGUUUGAGGGUUUUGUAAAGUUCGAAAAGGUUUUACAUAUAUUAUUUCCUUACUAAAUAAAAUCUGGCCAUGUUUUUCGUUUCACUUAUAAAGGAAACUUUUAAGAUUGUUAUCCAAAAACUGCAGAGUUAUUAAGCUGAAAAAUCAUAAGAAACUUUAAGUUUAUUUUAAAAUAGCUAAAUUUUUUUUGUUAAA